GAAGGGGGGAUGACGCGGACCCACUCCAGCCCCACGCUGCAGGACUCCAGCAUGGCCAGCAGCAUCAGGGACCCCCCCAGCAAAGCCAGCGUCACCACCACCACCACCGCCGUCGAUGUGGUCGAGGGCAGCGCCGCUGCGCCGACCAACGACGGCACGGCCACCGCCGGUGGUGCCACUGGCGCGGCUCACGGUUCCCACGGUGACCACGGUGCCCACGGUGCCCACGGUUCCCACGGUGCCCACGGUUCCCACGGUUCCCACGGUGACCACGGUGACCACGGUGCCCACGGUGCCAAUCGCAACUCUACUGCCACCGGUGGCCCGGUGGCCAGCUGCAGCAGCAACAACAAGCGGCAGGAGGGCCAGAGACACAGCUACCGACAGGCGGUCAGGAAGUGAGGCGGUGGGGUGGGGGGGAUGGAUGGGGGGGCGUGGUGGGGGUGUGGCAGCACAGGUGGAGGGGGGUGUUUGGGUGCCCCCCCCCUUCCUCCCCCCGGUUUCUCAUUUCCAAAGAGGACAGAUGGAGGAGUGAGUGUGUGUGAAGGGGGAGUGGGGAGUGGGGGCUCCCCUUCCUGUUUCUUGUACCCUGUUUUUGCUCUCCGCCACACACACACACGACGGCCCUCAGACUCGCCGUGGAUGCGGCACGGAUGCGGGGUGGAGACGGUCUGAGCCUGGCUGGGCGUGAAGAGGUGGCAAAGCAUUCUGGGAUGUCAACGUGUUUGUUUUUGGAGACAGAGACGGAGGAAGCAAAAGAGAAUGGGGGGGGGGGGGGGGGAGGAGAGGAGAAGAGAGGAAGAUAAUGUGUCCUGAAGAAGAUAACUGGAAUGCCAGUGCGUGAAUCAAACACACACAUAUACACACACACACACACACACACACACACACACACACACACACACACACACACACACACACACACACGCACGCACGCAAAGACUCCUUUUUCGCCUCAUUUUCUUUCAGGGCAUCUCUGUUGUUGUUGUUGUUUAUCACCACGACUCUAAUUUGGGACCAAACAUGUCACAUCUUUAGCACAUGUCCUCUCCACUGGGAACUGAUGGCUCUCCAAUCCUCCAUUGGAGUUUAGGAACCAUAAGAGACACCCAGGACGGUGUGUGUGUGUGUGUGUGUGUGUGUGUGUGUGUGUGUGUGUGUGUGUGUGUGUGUGUGUGUGAGAGAGAGAGAGACCCAAAGUUUGCAUACAUCAGUGCAGUCAGGGUUGUGGUCUUGUUUGUACACUGGAUUACCUGGAUUAUAGGGAUGCUGAACACACACACACACACCCACACACACUCACUCAGUCUUUUUUUUUUUACACACACACACAUACAUACAUACACACAGAUAGAGCUCUCCUUUGAAUGUGUUCUCUCCUGGAGAUGAUGCGGGCGGAGAUGGUGUGGGUUUUGGAGAGCUGCUGAACACACACACACACACACACACACACCUUUGAAUGUGUUCUCUCCUGGAGAUGGUGUGGGUUUUGGAGAGCUGCUGAACACACACACACACACACACACCUUUGAAUGUGUUCUCUCCUGGAGAUGAUGCGGGGGGGAGAUGGUGUGGGUUUUGGAGAGCUGCUCCGAACACACACACACACACACACACACACACGCACACCUUUGAAUGUGUUCUCUCCUGGAGAUGAUGCGGGGGGAGAUGGUGUGGGUUUUGGAGAGCUGCUCCGAACACAAACGGAUUGUACAGAAGAGGAGGAGGAAGACCGAGGGUUUCUCAUAUCUUUUCACCCACCUACGCCUCUCCUCUCUCUCUUUUUCCUGCCUUCUUGUUCUGUCUAUCUCUUCUUUCUUUCUCCACAUCCUCAACAUGUCUUUGUCCUCCCUUUCUUCCUUCCUUUCUUUCUUUCUUUCUUUCUUUCUUUCUUUCUCUAAAUGGUAGAGAUGGUGUCCUGGGUUUUUGUCUUAUUUCAACACCAGUUAUUUUAAAAUCUCCCCAGCACGCUGUCCCAGUAUUGUCUAUCAGUGUUGUACUCAAUGUUAUGGUUGGGGUACUGGGAGGCGGUGGUAAUGAUAAUGGUCGUUUAGGGGAUAUGGUUUCAUCGCUAUCCUUGAAUGUUUAGAGUGUCAGGUGACUUCUCUGGACACGUUCUCCAUUUUUUUUUUCUGAAAAGCUGUCGAGCGUGUGUGUGUGUUUUGGUGAACUGCAAGAUGGAGUACAGUCCCAAACUUCUCUGCCUCUAAAUGGGGGCACCAAAAUCUCAAUGUAUCAUUUGUAGAACCAGUUUCUUGUAACAAUCUUUCCCUUUUGUUUCUUCCCCUUCCUUUUUUUCCUCACUGAGUGCAAGUUAGUGUUGCUAAGCACUCCAGAUUCUUUAAUUAUCUCCCCCCCCCCCCCCCUCUGUGACAUCACAAAGCAGCUGCAGGGUCUCCAUAGCAUCCGUUUGCAUGGAAACCACCUGGCCACUGGUUCAGCGCUGUGCUUCUGAAAUGGAGACUAUUAUGACAUGGCAUUCGAUCCAUUUCUUGCCAGCAUCUUUGAAUGUGCCACUUGUAUGUACAGAGCAUGAGAUAUUACAAUCUGCUUUUCUUUGUGUGUUAUGUUCAGUGUGUUUGAAAAAGCAGGCCAAUAUAUUCCUAUUCUUUGUUAUGGUCAUGUUUUGGUUAUAGGUCUGAAUUUUUUUGGGGGGGGGGGGGGGGGAAGACGUCUGCUGUUUAAAAGCUGUUUUCUAUGCUGAUGUGUCCUACACCAUGCCGACAAUGCACUUAAUGACUGUGACAUGAAGUUUUGUUUCCAGUGUUUUCAUUUUGAUUUGUGAUUUCUAUUUUUCAUUUUUAUUUAUUUAUUUUCUUGGUUUGUUUCUCUUUGGCCACCAAUGAAAUGUAUUGGGCCUUUUUUUCGUUUUGUAUGUUUUAGCAUCCCGGCUCUAUAAUCAUUUAAAGCUUGUAAAAAACUGACUUGUAUGAGAAAGACUUGUUUGUAUAUGAGCUUUUCUUUUUUGGGGAGGCAUAGAGAAAAAAAAAUUAAAUAUAAUUGUAAAACUCA